CAACACUGUCUUUAGGUCAUUCUCAGCAUUUCUCUUCUUCCAAGCACAGCGGGUCAAGUCGAUACUAAAGAGCUCGAUUUUGGUUUCAUCUGAACGCAGCACCGGCUCCCAAGCCUUCUCUGAAUCAUUCAUAAAACAGGUGUACAUUCGUGUCUUCUUGAGCACAAAGACCAGCAAUAUUUCAGUCCAUUACAAUGUAGUUAGUUAACACAGGUUUUCUUGGUGACUCUGAUUCAAACUGCCUUCAGAUCGUUAACAAGUUUUGGGCUGAUCCUCCAUCUUUCUCAUGUUCAUCCUCACCCCCAUGAAGCAAGAUCUUCAGACCAAGAUGGAUGAGCAAGUUAAUGAUCACCUCAAAGGAAAGGCGUGUAAAACGUCUGAAACAGAUGGAGACAGAAAUAAACCGGCGUAUUGUGUGACUGAUGUUCCACCUUGGUACCUGUGCAUUUUCUUGGCCAUUCAGGGUCAAAAGCUUCCCAUCCUACAGGGAGGUACAUUUGCCUUGGUGACCCCAGCCAUGGCCUUGUUGUCCAUGCCAGACUGGGAAUGCCCAGCUUGGACCAAGAAUGCCAGCCUGGUCAAUACCUCCUCACCUGUCUUCAUAGACGUGUGGCAGACCCGCAUGAGAACACUGCAGGGCUCUAUUAUGGUGGCCUCUCUCCUCCAGGUCUUGGUUGGUUUCUCUGGCCUCAUCGGCUUCCUCAUGCGCUUCAUUGGCCCUUUAACCAUUGCUCCAACCGUGUCACUCAUAGGCCUGUCGGUGUACGACUCAGCUGGAGUGAAGGCAGGCAGCCACUGGGGCAUUUCUGCUAUGACCACAGUGCUGAUCAUCCUUUUCUCUCAAUACCUCCGCCGCAUACCAAUCCCUGUUCCUGCAUACGACAAGAUCAAGAAACUGCACGUCUCAAAGUUCUUUCUCUUUCAGAUAAUGCCUAUUCUCCUGGGCAUUGCAGUCUCAUGGUUAGUCUGCUACCUCCUCACCAUCUAUGAUGUCCUGCCAUCUGAUCCAGAUGAAUACGGCUACCUGGCUCGCACAGAUGUGAAGGGAAAUGUCGUGAGUGAGGCUUCUUGGUUCACAUUUACUUAUCCUGGUAAAUGGGGGUUGCCAACUGUUAGCCUGGCAGGUGUGGUUGGCAUUAUUGCUGGAAUAAUAUGCUCCAUGGCAGAGUCUGUGGGUGACUACCAUGCAUGUGCCAGGCUGUCAGGAGCACCGCCUCCCCCCAAGCACGCCAUCAAUCGUGGCAUCGGUGUCGAGGGAGUCGGGUCUCUGUUGGCAGGGGCGUUUGGCACGGGCAAUGGCACUACUUCGUUUAGCGAGAAUGUGGCAGCCCUCGGCAUCACCAGAGUGGGCAGCCGAACAGUGAUUCUUCUGAGUGGAUUUGUCAUGAUUUUGAUGGGGAUGCUGGGAAAAAUUGGAGCAAUCUUCACAACCAUCCCUACACCUGUGAUUGGAGGGAUGUUCAUGAUCAUGUUUGGAGUCAUAGGAGCUGCUGGAAUUUCUAAUCUGCAGUCCACAGAUAUGAAUUCUUCUCGGAAUAUCUUUAUAUUUGGUUUCUCCAUGUUUUCUGCACUUGUUAUUCCAAAUUGGAUCAUGAAGAAUCCCGCUUUUCUGGACACAGGUGUCCAGGAGGUGGAUCAAGUGUUGCAAAUAUUGUUGACUACUCAUAUGUUUGUAGGAGGGUUCCUUGGCUUCUUCUUAGAUAACACAAUUCCUGGGAGUAAACGUGAACGUGGCCUCUUAGCCUGGGAAAACGUGUAUCUUCAAGACUCUAGCAGCAGUUUGGAAACUGAUGAGGUGUAUGAUCUUCCGUUUGGCAUAACUUCUCACCUCCAAUCUCAAUCCUGGGCUCGUUACAUUCCUUUCUGCCCACACAAGCGUCACAGAUCUCAGUCGGAGGACAACCAUGUGUCACAGAGCCCGGGGAGUGAGUACAGCACACGGAUCUGAACGACCUUAAGUUUGCUUCUUAGUUUGAAUCAAACUGCUUGUUUCUUACCAAGACGUGUCACAGAAAAGACUCUGGUGUUUAGACCGUGCAUCACUGACUGAUGGAUAUCUUUUAAAAUGAACCAUGUACUGGUUAGCUGUAAAUAUCAGGUAUAUAUGCAUUUAAGGUAACUCUCUCUCUCUGCUUGAUCUUGAUUGCAAAUAGAGAUCUGUCCAUCUUUAAAAAAACAAGAUCAAGACAGUGGGAUUAUCUCUGUCAAACCUGCAGUCGCUUUAUUUUUGAUGUGCAAAGUAGAUUUUGACAGUUUGAGCCUGUCUGCACCGAAAAGGAAUAAAAAUAUCUAAGACUCGGAUUCUGUCAACACCAAUUAAAGGAGGACUUCAGAGCGAUCAGAGUGUUACUGUGUGCCACCAUUACUCCCAGAUCUUCCAAUAACUUGGUGCUGGUCACACAAACAGAAACAGAAAACUGGAAUAAUGUGCUUGUCUUUCUUCUCUUUCGAAGGAAAUUAAAUUUAGCCCGUGGAUAAAUUUAUUAUCACACAGCACCAUCUCCCCAUUCAUUCAGGCAGCUGCUUAAAAACCCAUAGCAGCAGCCCCCUGAGCUGUUAUUGUGUUUCCUUUAGCGAAAACAAACACAGAUAACGCAUCUUCUCAAUCUCCCUGCCUUCCAUGCUGU